AAGACGGAGAUCGAAUCACUUUCUGCUUAUCGGCGAAAACGUUUGUGGUCGUGGAAAAAGUGCGGUGGCUGGAAACGUUCUCAAAUGGUGGAAAAUACCCCUGAUUUCUCGUGGAGUGUGAGUAACGUAGUACACUUUUGGAACAACGUGCUGAUCGAAAACCGCCAUUUGCAGAAACGUGUUGCAAAAUUGAAAACUGAGAAGCGCGUGCUUCAGAACCGACUGAACGCCACUAAAGUCAGGUCAGAGUCUGUUGGCAAAAGAGGAGAGAGAAAGCGUCUAAAAAAGGCUAGCUUGACCAAGCCAAGCAAUUCUGAAUCCCCAACAAAAGUUUUACGUCAUGUCGUCAAAUCUGGCGUAUCAUUUCAUCAGUACGGCAAUUUACGUUGUCAUGGUAUGCCCGGGCGCACAAAAUUGAUCAAACGAGACAAAGAAUUACGGGCUGACGCCGAACGUCAAGGGCAUCUUCACGAUCGAAGUGCAAACUCCUCCCAGAUACCUUUGCUCACAGCAUGCAAGCGUAUACUGGGUGGAACCCGUGGAGCCGGAGAGAACGCUCCCGGAAAACUUUGGUUCAAGAUAAGUGGAGAUGGCACUCAAUGCCGGAAAGUUGGCUUUGUUAACCUGACUGUUGAGCUUAUCCGUCCCCUUCCAGCCAAACGCUCAGCCACUGUUUUAGCCUGCGUCAAGGGAGCUGAGGACGCCGAGACCCCAGACCUGGUGGCUGCCCUGAGGCAGAUUGAUGCUGAGAUGCAGGCUAUUAAGGACAUCAACGGUGUACCCGUUCAGUUUUAUCUCGGCGCCGACCUGAAAUUUAUAUGGAUGGUGUUGGGCCUGGCAGGCGGUUUGAGCGACUUUCCCUGUCCAUACUGUACCGUUCAUCGAACCAAAAAACAUCUGGAAAGAGGAGAGGAGCGCUCGAUUGACACCAUGGCUGCUCUGGGCAGUCAGAGCAAAAUGUCCAGGAAAAAGGCAUCCUACCGCCAAGGCAUGAAGGGACCGCCCUUGCUGACGCAGAUCCCUAUCCGUCGCGUUAUUGCUGAUGAGAUGCACUUGAUUCUGAGAGUUUUCGAUCGCUUGUUUUUGAAAAUUAAGGUUCAGCUUGCCAAAGAAGGGCGUUUGGCAGAUCUUGAAACCAAGAUGGAAGUCAUUCUGAAGCGCAAGGUCAAAAUUACAGAAAAUAUGCUUGUUUCCACGAGACUAAACCUGAAGGACCGCGAACUGCUCUUGGACCAGCUUAACAUGGGACUGCCAGUUGAGGAAUGUGGGAGGCAGUUCAUGCGACUUAUCCGCUCUGUUCGUGAAAUGUGUCGCACAGGCGAGGCCGACAGAGCAACGCUGCAGCGUUUGUGUGACGAUUGGCGGGUCCAUUUUUUGUAUGUGUGUCAGGAUAGCGAUUUUACCCCGUACAUGCAUGUUAUGUGUCUUUACCUACCCGACCUCAUGUGUGACAAUGUUAAACGUCCUGUGCAGUCCUAGGA